AUGGCACCCUCAGCUAUUGACUCAACAGCCAACGACGUCCAAAACCUGGACUUCCAAGGCAACUUUGUCCAAAUCAUCAACGGCAAAAGUGCACCAACAGACAAAACCCGCCACGGAAUCAACCCAGCCACUCUCAAGCCGAGGCCUGACGUCCCCGUCGCGACUCAGGAGGACGUCGACAAGGCCGUCGAGGCCGGCAAGGCGGCGUUUAAGAAGUGGCGCAAGGUCCCCUACGAGGAGCGCAAGGCUGCCGUGUUGGCAUACGCAGAUGCCAUUGAAAAGUUCCAGACCGAGUUUCGAGAUUUGCUCAUCUCGGAGCAGGGAAAGCCGAUCCCCCAAGCAGAUGUCGAAACAGGUGCCGCGAUUGCCUGGUUCAGGGGCAUGGCCUCCAUCGAGCUCCCCGAGGAAAUCAUCGAAGACAACGACAAGCACACAAUCUUCACCAGAUACACGCCUUUGGGCGUGGCUGCCGCCAUCGUUCCCUGGAACUUCCCCCUCUUGGUAGCAGCUGGAAAGAUGGCACCCGCUUUGCUCACGGGAAACGUCGUCAUCCUCAAGCCCUCGCCUUUCACGCCCUACGGCGGCCUGAAGCUCGUUGAGUUGGCGCAGCAGUUCUUCCCUCCUGGCGUUGUUCAAUCUCUCAGCGGAGAUGACAAUCUUGGUCCUUGGAUCACUAGCCACCCUGGCAUCGACAAGAUUAGCUUUACAGGUUCAACACACACAGGGAAGCUGGUUAUGCAGAGUGCGUCCAAAACUCUGAAGAGAGUCACUCUUGAGCUUGGUGGCAAUGACGCGGCCAUUGUCUUCCCCGAUGUAGAUGUCGAAAGCGUAGCAGAAAAAGCUGCUCUCUACGCCUUUGUCAACUCUGGACAGGUCUGCUUAAACAUGAAGCGCAUCUACGUCCACGAAUCCAUCUUUGAACAGUUUCGCGACGCCAUGGUCAAGCACAUCAAGGCCUACACCGUGGGCGACGGAUCCCAGACCGGUGUCAGUCACGGGCCUGUUCAAAACUCGAUGCAGUACGAGCGCGUCAAGACAUACUUUGACGAUAUCGAGAAGCAAGGCUGGAAGGUCGCUGUUGGCGGCAAGAUUGAGCCUUUAGCGAAUGGCUACUAUAUCACCCCUACUGUUAUUGACCGACCUCCUGAAGACUCGCGAAUUGUCGUGGAGGAACCUUUUGGCCCCAUCGUUCCCCUGCUCUCAUGGAGCACCGAAGAAGAAGUCAUCGCUCGCGCAAACAACUCAACCAUGGGCCUCGGCGCCUCCGUAUGGUCCAAGGACGUCAAGAAAGCCGAGCAGUUCGGCCGCGAUCUCGAAGCCGGGACCGUCUGGAUCAACGGACACUUUGAGAUCAACCCGCUGGUGCCAUUUGGCGGACACAAGGAGAGCGGCAUCGGUGUCGAGUGGGGAGCCAACGGCUUGAAGGAGUACUGCAACGUGCAGUCUAUGUUUGUGAACAAAUAA